AUGUUCUCCAGAACGGCCCAGCCCGCCCGGACCCUGCUUCGCAGCGCCUCCGUGGCCACUACCGCCGGUCGCUCCAUUCCUGCGAGAUCCUUCGCCAGCGUCCAGUCCGAUAUCUUCAAGCCCACUAAGUAUGGUGGCAAGUACACCGUGACCCUCAUUCCCGGUGACGGAAUUGGUGCCGAAGUCGCCGAAUCGGUCAAGACCAUCUUCAAGGCCGACAACGUCCCCAUCGAGUGGGAGCAGGUCGAUGUUUCCGGUGUCGACACCGGCAACAAGCACUCGGAGGAGCUGUUCAGAGAGUCCCUGGCCUCCCUCAAGCGCAACAAGCUCGGUCUGAAGGGUAUCCUUCACACCCCCGUCGAGCGCUCGGGCCACCAGUCUUUCAACGUCGCCCUCCGCCAGGAGCUCGACAUCUACGCCUCGAUCUCCCUGAUCAAGAACAUCCCCGGCUACAACACCCGCCACAAGGAUGUCGACAUGUGCAUCAUCCGUGAGAACACCGAGGGCGAGUACUCCGGUCUGGAGCACCAGUCCGUCCAGGGCGUCGUCGAGUCCCUGAAGAUCAUCACUCGCGCCAAGUCCGAGCGCAUUGCCAAGUUCGCCUUCAGCUUCGCCCUCGCCAACAACCGCAAGAAGGUCACUUGCAUCCACAAGGCCAACAUCAUGAAGCUGGCCGACGGUCUCUUCCGCAGCACCUUCCACAAGGUCGCGGAGAACUAUCCCACCCUGGAGGUGAAUGAUAUGAUUGUCGACAACGCCUCCAUGCAGGCUGUCUCGCGCCCCCAGCAAUUCGACGUGCUGGUCAUGCCCAACCUUUACGGUGGCAUUCUGUCCAACGUUGGUGCCGCCCUUGUCGGUGGUCCCGGUGUUGUUCCCGGCUGCAACAUGGGCCGUGACGUUGCUGUCUUCGAGCCUGGUUGCCGUCACGUCGGUCUGGAUAUCAAGGGUAAGGACCAGGCUAACCCCAGCGCCAUGAUCCUCUCUGGAUCCAUGCUGCUCCGCCACCUUGGUCUGGAUGACCACGCCAACCGCAUCUCCAAGGCGGUCUACGAUGUUAUCGGAGAGGGACAGACACGAACCCGCGACAUGGGUGGUCAGGCUACCACUCACGAGUUCACCCGCGCUGUCCUCGACAAGAUGGAGGCUUCUCUGUAA